AUGAUCGACCGGCAUCGAUCGAGAGGGGUUCAAUCGACCGUCGCCAUUUUUCUCGUCGUUUUAAUCUUCACUGCCUUAAUCAGUCAAUGGCUUGAUAUUUCUAUAGUCACAAAAUCACUACAAACCACGAACCUUCUCCAAGACUCGCCACCCCACGUAUACUCUGACGAAUUCGAUUGUUCUUCCCUCAACUGCUCACGAAUUUCGCAUGUCAUGACGAAAAAAAUUAUAAACAAUCCACCACCAAACGCAUGUCCCGAGUACUUCAGAUGGAUUCACGAAGAUUUAAGGCCGUGGAAAAACAACGGCAUCACAAGAGAAAUGGUCGAAAAGGCUAAAGAUUUCGCGCAUAUCCGUAUCGUAGUUGUUAACGGCAGAGUCUACACAGAGAGGUACAAAAAAGCUUUUCAGACAAGAGAUUCCAUUACAAUAUGGGGAUUUUUGCAGCUCCUAAGGUUUUACCCGGGAAAACUACCCGACUUGGAUUUCGUGCUCGAGUGUGGGGACAAGCCGGUUAUCAAGAAACGGGAUCACUUGCGGCCCGGUGCAUCGGUCCCUCCCUUGUUUCACUAUUGUGGAGAUGAUUUUAGUUAUGACAUUGUGCUUCCUGAUUGGUCGUUUUGGGGUUGGCCAGAGGUUAAUAUAAAGCCAUGGGAUGAACUGAAGGAGGAUAUAAGAGAAGGCAACAAAAGAAUGAAGUGGAAAAAUCGAGAGCCUUACGCUUACUGGAAAGGAAAUAGUAAGCUCGGCACUGCAAGACGAGACUUGAUCAAAUGCAAUGCUUCCGAUGGGAAAGAUUGGAAAGCUCGGUUAUUUGGAAUGGAUUGGCAUGAAGAGAAAAAACAUGGAUUCAAGAGUUCAGAUUUAGCAAGCCAAUGUACUUAUAGAUAUAAGAUAUAUGUCGAAGGUGUAUCGUGGUCCGUUAGUCAAAAGUACAUCUUGGCUUGCGACUCGAUGACUUUGAUCGUCAAGCCUCGUUUUCACGAUUUCUUCACGAGAAGCUUGUCGCCCACGGUUCACUACUGGCCGAUUGACGAGAAGAACAAAUGCGAAUCUAUUAAGUUUGCGGUUGAAUGGGGCAACAAGUACACAGACAAGGCACAGAAGAUUGGAAAAGCUGGGAGUACAUUUGUGCAAGAGAGUUUAGCCAUGGAGUAUGUGUAUGACUAUACUUUCCACCUCUUGAAUGAAUAUGCAAAGCUCAUGAGAUACAAGCCAACCGUGCCUCGUGGGGCAAUCGAGACCUGUUCGGAAACUCUGGUUUGCUCGGUAAGAGGACAGAAGAAGAGAUUUUUCAAACACUCGAUGGUGAAAAAUCCAUCAAACGAUCUUCCUUGCGAAUUACCUCAUUUCUACGAACAAGGGAAGCUUCGUGAUUUUCUUGAAAUGAAAGAGAAUCUAACGACGCAAGUCCUAUCUUGGGAAAGAAGUGAAAGAUGA